UCAAAAAUAAAAACUCAUUCUCUCUAUAUCUAGAUAGCCACAUGACCUAUUCUUGGAGAGAGAUUAUAUAUUAAGGGGUGUAGUGUAUAAGUCAAAAUAUAUGUGCAUAAGAGGAGUUCCUUCUCAAAGCUAUACCUACCUUGUAUCCUCUUCCUUUAAUUUCCACUCUCAAAUUUGUCAAUUUUUCCUUUUAUUCACACCUUAAAAGUAGAAACCAUGGAAACUUCUCAACCUCUUUCAAUUGAAAGCUUCUCUUAUAGUUGGUUAGUUAACCUUAAGCCAUCACUAGAAAGCCUAGAUAGUUCCUUUAGAAUUUCUCUUGAUGCAUCUGAUGAAGCUUCCUUCAUUGAAAUGGACCCAAGAAUGCCACCUUCUAAAAGAUUCUUCAAGAAUAUUUCACAUGAUUCCAAUAAAUUUGAUUUUCCAACUUCACAAUCCCCUCUCACUCUUGUUCAUGCAGAUGAACUCUUUUCCAAUGGUUACCUCAUGCCAUUUUUUGUUGAAUCAUUGAAAAUGGAAGAAUAUGAAGCCUUAGAUUCCAAUACAAGUCUCAAUUCAUCUUCACAUGCAACAAAAAGUGUGGUAGUUCCUCUUGGUCAUUCUAGAUGUUCUUCUUUGAAAAGAUGCAGAACAUUAUCAAGGAGAAUAUUUUUGAAGUAUUUGAAUUUUUUAAGACCUUUAUGUAGAAGAUUAAGGGGUCAAAAACCAAGUUCAAAUAUUGAAACCGUUGCUAAAAGAGGUGAGGGUGUAAUGAAUUGGCGAUAUUAUAAUUCAGAAACAUCACCAAGAAUUAGUGUAGCUUUUUCUUCAGAUGAUUGGAGAAAGUCUUGUGAUUCUGAAAGCUCAAUACAUGAGGCAGUUCUCCAUUGCAAAAGAUCCAUUGAAAGAAUGAGUUAAGGAAGCAGCAUAGUGGAGAAGGUGAAGAUAAACUUUUUAUACUAUGAUGAAAAAAAAGAUGCCACUUUAUUGUUGUAGCUAAGUUUUUGUUUUUCAGUUAUGUGAAACUUUUUUUAUUAAUUUUUUCAAUUGGUGGCGGUAUCAUAUGGUUUCAAUGAUAGUAUAAGUCAAUGCAAUAAAAUAAAAUUAAAAAAAGAAAGAAAGGAAAGAUGAACACAACAAACAACAGCCCCAUGUGAGGUGAAGAAGUAUGAGACCAAAUUAUUAUCAGCCACUCAUAUUGUCUUCAAUAUUCUUCUAUAUGCUUAAAGGAUAUAUAUGUGAUUGGUUGGUCAUCAUUCAAGCCAAUGCACUAAAAAGAAGAUAGAGUUCAAUUUUAUUUUUUAAUGAUGUUGUUGAUAGGGGAGGAACAUUUUAGGCUCAGAUGAGAAUCUGCUUUCUUCAAUAAUUUCGGAAAUGUAAGCUAAAAUAAAUAAUCCAAUAUUUAUGUAUAUAAAUAUGACGUCAAAAAAAUA